UGCGCCCGGGCGGGGACCCGCCUCCCAGCGCCGCGGUGACCGCGAGUCAAGUUCCGGGGUCCCGUUAGCUGGUGCUCGAGCGCCUGCUGUCGCCGCCCUAAUCGCCCGCAGCCGCGGGGCGCCCUGGGAUAGCGGCGGGCUCACCGGACCUUGGCCCCUUUCCAAGUACUCCAGAUGCCUCAUUUGCCUUUGGCCUCUUUUCGACCACCACUCUGGGGGUUGAGGCCCUCAAGGGGACUCCCCAGGUCCCAUCCCAUUUCCACCCAGUCAGAGCCCAAUGGAUCAGCCAUCUCCCAGAGGAACCGUGAAGCCAAACAGAAGCGCCUGCGACAGAAGCAGGCGGCGCUGGAGGCUGGAAUCGCUCAGAAGAGCAAGUCACCUGCCGAAUCCAGUAAGGCCUGGACCCCUAAGGAGAUAGUGUUGUAUGAAAUCCCCACGGAACAUGGUGAAAAGAAAGAUGUCUCCCGGCCCCUGCCUCCUGCAUACAGUCCCCAAUAUGUUGAGGCUGCCUGGUACCCUUGGUGGGUGCGAGAGGGCUUCUUCAAACCAGAAUAUCAGGCCAGGCUGCCCCAGGCCACACGGGAGACCUUUUCCAUGUGUAUCCCACCUCCCAAUGUCACGGGCUCCCUGCAUAUUGGGCAUGCGCUGACCGUAGCCAUACAGGACGCCCUCGUGCGCUGGCACCGGAUGCGUGGGGAUCAGGUGCUGUGGGUCCCUGGAUCAGAUCAUGCAGGGAUUGCUACUCAAGCUGUGGUGGAGAAACAGCUGUGGAAGGAGCGAGGAGUGAGGAGACACGAGCUGAGCCGGGAAGACUUCCUUAGGGAGGUGUGGAAGUGGAAGGAGGAGAAAGGUGGAGAGAUAUGUGAGCAGCUCCGAGUGCUGGGGGCCUCCCUGGACUGGGACCGAGAGUGUUUUACCAUGGAUGCCGCCUCCUCAGUGGCUGUGACAGAAGCUUUCGUGCGGCUCUACAAGGCUGGGUUGUUGUACCGGAGCCGGCAGCUUGUCAACUGGUCGUGUGCGUUACGCUCUGCCAUCUCGGAUAUUGAGGUGGAGAGCCGGCCCCUCCCUGGCUGCACGGAGCUUCGGUUGCCUGACUCCCCCACCCCUGUGUCUUUUGGCCUCCUCUUUUCCGUGGCCUUCCCCGUGGAUGGAGAGCCUGAUGCAGAGGUUGUGGUAGGAACCACGAGGCCAGAGACGUUGCCUGGAGACGUGGCUGUGGCGGUCCAUCCCGAUGACUCCCGAUACACACAUCUACAUGGACGACAACUUCGUCAUCCCUUGACGGGGCAGCUUCUCCCCCUUAUCACAGACUGUGCUGUUCAGCCACACCUGGGCACAGGGGCAGUGAAGGUGACUCCAGCUCACAGCCCUGCCGAUGCUGAGCUGGGGGCCCGACACGGCUUGAGCCCCCUGAGUGUCAUUGCGGAGGAUGGGACCAUGACCUCCCUCUGCGGGGACUGGCUGCAGGGUCUGCACCGAUUUGUGGCCCGGGAAAAGAUUCUGUCAGCACUGAGGGAACGGGGCCUGUUCCGGGGAUUCCAGGACCACCCUAUGGUGCUGCCCAUUUGCAGCCGUUCCGGGGAUGUGGUAGAAUACCUACCGAAGAGCCAGUGGUUUGUCUGCUGCCGGGAAAUGGGGGACAGAGCUGCCAAGGCUGUGGAGUCAGGGGCCCUGGAGCUCAGUCCCUCCUUCCACCAGAAGAACUGGCAGCACUGGUUUUCCCACACUGGGGACUGGUGUGUCUCCCGGCAGCUGUGGUGGGGUCAUCAGAUUCCAGCCUACCUGGUUGUAGAGGAGCACACACAGGGCGACGCGAAGGACUGUUGGGUGGUCGGGCGGACAGAGGCUGAGGCCAGAGAAGUAGCUGCAGAAUUGACAGGGAGACCAGGGGCGGAGCUGACCCUGGAGAGGGACCCCGAUGUCCUGGAUACCUGGUUCUCCUCGGCUCUUUUCCCCUUUUCUGCCCUGGGCUGGCCCCAAGAGACCCCAGACCUGGCUCGUUUCUACCCCCUGUCACUUUUGGAAACGGGUGGUGACCUCUUGCUGUUCUGGGUGGGCCGCAUGGUCAUGUUGGGGACCCAGCUCACAGGGCAGCUCCCCUUCAGCAAGGUGUUGCUGCACUCCAUGGUUCGGGACAGGCAGGGCCGGAAGAUGAGCAAGUCGCUGGGGAAUGUGCUGGACCCACGGGACAUCAUCAAUGGGGUGGAGCUGCAGGUGCUGCAGGAGAAGCUGAGGGAUGGGAACUUGGACCCCGCAGAGCUGGUGAUCGCGGCCUCAGCACAGAGAAAGGACUUUCCUCAUGGGAUCCCCGAGUGUGGGACAGAUGCCCUGAGAUUCGCCCUGUGCUCCCAUGGGGCCCUGGGGGGCGACUUGCACCUGUCUGUCUCUGAGGUCCUGAGCUUCAGACAUUUCUGCAAUAAGAUCUGGAAUGCCCUGCGCUUUAUCCUGAAUGCUCUUGGGGAGAAAUUCAUACCCCAGCCUGCAGAGGAGCUGUCCCCCGCCUCCCCCAUGGAUGCCUGGAUCCUCAGCUGCCUGGCCCGCACUGCCCGGGACUGCGAGCGGGGCUUCCUCACCCGCGAGCUCGCGCUCGUCACCCACGCCCUGCACCACUUCUGGCUUCACAACCUCUGUGACGUCUACUUGGAGGCUGUGAAGCCAGUGCUGUUGCACUUGCCCCGCCCCCUGGGGCCUCUUCAGGUUCUGUUCUCCUGCGCUGACAUCGGUCUCCGCCUCCUCGCCCCGCUGAUGCCCUUCCUGGCUGAAGAGCUCUGGCAGAGGCUGCCCCCCAGGCCUGGUGGCGCCCCUGCCCCCAGCAUCUGUGUUGCCCCCUACCCCAGUGCCCUCAGCUUGGAGCACUGGCACCAGCCCGAGCUGGAGCGGCACUUCUCCCGGGUCCAGGAGGCUGUGCAGGCGCUGAGGGCUCUCCGUGCCACGUACCAGCUCACCAAGGCCCGGCCCCGAGUGCUGCUGCAGAGCUCAGAGCCAGGAGAGCAGGGCCUCUUUGAGGCCUUCCUGGAGCCCUUGGGCACCCUGGGCCACUGUGGGGCCGUGGGCCUUCUACCCCCAGCUGCAGCAGCUCCCUCGGGCUGGGCCCAGGCCGCUCUCAGUGACACCGUUCAGGUCUACAUGGAGCUGCAGGGCCUGGUGGACCCCCAGACCCACCUACCUCGGCUAGCUGCCCGAAGACACAAGUUGCAGAAGCAGCUUGAUGGCCUCAUAGCCCGGACCCCAUCAGAGGGAGAGGCAGAGACUCAGAGGCAGCAGAGGCUUUCUUCCCUCCAGUUGGAACUGUCAAAACUGGACAAGGCGGCCUGUCACCUCCGGCACUUGAUGGAUGUGUCUCCCAGCCCUGGGGAGCUUUGAGCUCUAACCAUCCCUGGUAGCUUUCCUCCCUCCCAGACCCGCCUUUGAGGACAGAUUCGGCAGCUGUCCUGGUGCCGUGGAGCCUCAGAGACCAUGUGGUCCAGUUCCCUCCUUCGUCAAUGAGAAAACAGACUGGUUUGGUCAGAGUGACUGGGUGUCCUCGAGACGCUCACGUUUUUGCCCCAGCCUCCGUCCUAUGCAGUCCCACCUGGAAGUUUAGGAAUGAGGAAAUUCAGAUAAACUAAAAAACCCAAACAUGUCUGCUUGUGGUCCUUUUGUCCCUCUUUCCCCCAGCGGUGACUUUCUGCCUCUUGGUUGUUCCCUGACACUUUGGUCUGGGAGAGAGGCGGGUGGCCUCUUAGCGCUAGGUUCUGGGCCACAGUGGGAGUGUGGGUGCUGGGCGGGGCUCCCUCAUUGGAGGAAGGAGGAGCUCUCGGUAGGGCCUGGGAACAGUGACCUGGCUUCCACCUACUUCCUGCACUUACUGACAAUGGCCCGACUUCUGCAGGCCGUUCCUCUUCUGCUUCUCACCAGAAGGAAGCUUCCCUGCUUCUUGGCCUUAUCGCCAAGGGUUCUGAGAGGAUCUGGGACUUCCUGCAGGCCUCAGGGGAGCUGUAGGUUGUGCUGGGGAUUGAGUUCCCCCCUGCUUCUGUGUACCUGAAACCAGAGUGCCAGGGACACACCGCCCAGCCCCAGGCAGGGAUAUACACAUGCGCAGAUGCCCACCUAGCCACCUCCACCUCCAGCACCUUGUCUCAUUGGUGGAAUUCAGGGGCCUGGCCCUUCCACACCCAAGUGACAUUCUGUCCAGCAGCUCUGAGAAACUGCUGUAUGUGCGGGCCUGUACUGGGCUGGGUCCUCUGUGGUGCCACUGAAUCCUCCCAAGAACCUCACGAGGUGGAUAUUUGCUCCAUUUUAGAGUUGAAGAAACGCGCUCAGGGAAUAAAAGUAACU